AUGAAAACAUUGACUAAAGGAUGCAUCACAGUUGCAGGGGUCAUAGAUACAGCAUCUCCCUUUAAUGUUAUUAGCAAAGAAUUGUUCAAUAAGCUUAAAGAGGACUAUGGAGUAGUCUUACCAGAUACUGAUACUGCUCCCUUUGAGAUUGUUAAAUCACUCAAGCAUGAAUUGAUUUUGGGACAAUUACGGUUGAUGGACCAUGAAGAUUAUUACAAUUUCCCUUAUAUCAUUUCAAGUGAACCUGAGUCUGAAAUGUCCAAAUUGUCUUCAUCUGAUUCAGAUUCUAAACCUGAUCUAGCUUUGAAGGAAUAA